AUGGCUGCAAUCGUCGAGAAGUCGUCCAAUUCCCUGGACCCCAACAAUACCAAUGGCGCUGCGGAUGGCGUUCCCAAUGAUGGUACAGGUGUCGUCAAGCUCGACCCCUGGCUGUCCCCUUUCAGCGACGCCCUGAAGAGACGAUUUUCAAAGGCCCAAGAAUGGAUCAAGACCAUUAACGACAAUGAGGGUGGUCUCGAGAAGUUCAGCAGGGGCACCGAAAAGUUUGGAUUGAACGUCGAUGCCAACAACAACAUCGUCUACCGCGAAUGGGCACCCAAUGCCACCGAGGCAUACCUGAUCGGUGACUUCAACAACUGGGAUCGCACCACCCAUCCCAUGAAGAAGGGACCCUUUGGUGUCUUCGAGAUCACUGUUCCAGCCAAGGAUGGCCAGGCUGCUAUUCCUCACAACUCCAAGAUCAAGAUCUCCCUCACUCUGCCCAAUGGCGAGCGUGCCGAUCGACUCCCCGCAUGGAUCAAGUACGUGACACAGGACCUGUCCGUGUCGCCCGCCUAUGACGCCCGCUUCUGGAACCCUCCCACCUCCGAGACGUACAAGUUCAAGCAUGCGCGACCCAAGAAGCCCGAAAGCGCUCGUGUGUACGAGGCCCAUGUUGGUAUCUCCAGCCCCGAGCAGCGGGUUGCAACCUACAAGGAGUUCACCAAGAAUAUGCUUCCCAGGAUCAAGGAUCUUGGCUACAAUGUGAUCCAAUUGAUGGCUGUCAUGGAGCAUGCCUACUACGCCAGUUUUGGUUAUCAGGUCAACAACUUCUUCGCGGCGAGCAGUCGAUAUGGUCCUCCCGAGGACCUCAAGGAGCUCAUUGACACUGCGCACAGCAUGGGCAUUGUCGUACUUCUUGACGUCGUCCACAGCCAUGCGUCCAAGAACGUGCUCGAUGGUCUCAACGAGUUUGAUGGCACUGACCACCAGUACUUCCACGGCGGCGGCAAGGGUCGCCAUGAUCAGUGGGACAGCCGACUCUUCAACUAUGGCCACCAUGAGGUGAUGAGGUUCCUGCUGAGCAACUUGCGCUUCUGGAUGGAUGAGUACCAGUUUGAUGGAUUCCGAUUUGACGGAGUCACUAGCAUGCUUUACAUCCACCAUGGCAUGGGAACGGGUUUCUCUGGAGGCUACCACGAGUACUUUGGUGCUGAUGUCGAUGAGGAGGCUGUCGUCUAUCUCAUGCUCGCGAAUGAGAUGCUUCACCUACUUUACCCAGAUGUCAUCACCAUUGCCGAGGAUGUUUCGGGCAUGCCUGCUCUGUGUCUGCCACUAUCACUCGGAGGCGUUGGCUUUGACUACCGUCUUGCCAUGGCAAUUCCUGACAUGUGGAUCAAGAUCCUGAAGGAGCUCAAGGAUGAUGACUGGGAUAUUGGCAACAUCUGCCACACCUUGACAAACCGGCGUCAUGGCGAGAAGACGAUCGCAUACGCCGAGAGUCACGAUCAAGCGCUUGUUGGUGACAAGACACUCAUGAUGCAUCUGUGUGAUGCCGAGAUGUACACCAACAUGUCGACAUUGUCGCCUCUGACCCCAGUCAUUGAUCGGGGCAUGGCACUCCACAAGAUGAUCCGCCUUCUCACACAUAGCUUGGGAGGUGAGGGUUACCUCAACUUCGAAGGUAAUGAGUUUGGCCAUCCUGAGUGGCUUGACUUCCCCCGAGAGGGCAACAACAAUUCUUUCUGGUAUGCUCGACGACAGCUCAACCUCACGGAAGAUCAUUUGUUGCGAUACCAGUUCCUCAACAACUUUGACCGGCAGAUGAACAACUGCGAGGCCAAGUACGGAUGGCUUCACGCACCGCAGGCGUACAUCUCAUUGAAGAACGAGAACGACAAGGUCAUCGUAUUUGAGCGUGCCGGCCUGGUAUUCGUCUUCAACUUCCACCCGACCAACAGCUUCAGUGAUUACCGGAUCGGCAUCGACGUUGCUGGAACAUACCGAGUAGUCCUGAACACGGACAGCAAGGAUGUUGGCGGAUUCAACCGCAUCGACGAGGGCACCCGGUUCUUUACGACCGCUAUGGAAUGGAACAACAGGAAGAACUGGACACACGUGUACAUUCCUUGCCGAACUGCUCUGGUUCUGGCGCUUGAGUCGACGGUUUCUCAGAACCCCUAA